GCUCAGUGUUCAGCAAUGACUAACCGCUCCAUUUCAGGCUGUUUACUUAAGAGCGGGGCUUUCCUCCACAAUGGAUGUUUCUGGGUAUUUACCUACUUAGCAAGAGAGGAGAGAGGAGAGAGGAGAGAGAGAGAAAGAAAGAGAGACAAGACAGAAGAAAUGGCUUCAGACAUCCCUGGAUCGGUGACAUUGCCUGUUGCCCCCAUGGCGGCCACGGGACAGGUGAGGAUGGCGGGAGCCAUGCCCUCCCGUGGAGGAAAGCGGCGUUCCGGGCUGGACUUUGACGACGAAGACGGAGAAGGACCCAGCAAAUUUUCCAGAGAGAACCACAGCGAGAUCGAGCGGCGGCGGAGGAACAAGAUGACCCAGUACAUCACGGAGCUGUCGGACAUGGUGCCCACGUGCAGCGCGCUGGCCCGGAAGCCGGACAAGCUGACCAUCCUCCGCAUGGCCGUGUCGCACAUGAAGUCCAUGAGGGGCACAGGGAACAAGUCCACAGACGGCGCCUACAAGCCGUCAUUCCUGACGGAGCAGGAGCUGAAGCACCUCAUCCUGGAAGCAGCCGAUGGCUUUCUGUUUGUAGUGGCGGCAGAGACGGGACGAGUCAUUUACGUGUCUGACUCUGUCACCCCCGUGCUGAACCAGCCCCAGUCAGAAUGGUUUGGGAGCACCCUGUAUGAGCAGGUGCACCCCGACGAUGUGGAGAAGCUGAGAGAGCAGCUGUGCACCUCCGAAAACUCCAUGACAGGCCGGAUCCUGGACCUGAAGACGGGGACGGUGAAGAAAGAGGGACAGCAGUCCUCCAUGAGGAUGUGCAUGGGCUCGCGGAGGUCCUUCAUUUGCAGGAUGAGGUGUGGGAACGCUCCUUUGGACCACCUGCCGCUGAACAGAAUAACCACCAUGAGGAAAAGGUUCAGGAAUGGCCUUGGCCCCGUGAAAGACGGGGAGGCCCAGUACGCCGUGGUGCACUGCACGGGUUACAUCAAGGCGUGGCCCCCCGCAGGCAUGACUAUACCCGAGGAGGACGCGGACGUGGGGCAGGGCAGCAAGUACUGCCUCGUGGCCAUCGGAAGACUCCAGGUGACCAGCUCUCCCGUGUGCAUGGACAUGAGCGGGGUGUCGGUGCCCACGGAGUUCUUAUCCCGACACAGCUCUGAUGGGGUCAUCACGUUCGUGGACCCCCGGUGCAUCAGCGUGGUUGGCUACCAACCCCAGGAUCUCCUCGGAAAGGACAUUUUGGAAUUCUGCCACUCGGAGGAUCAGAGCCACCUGCGCGAGAGCUUCCAGCAGGUGGUCAAACUGAAGGGCCAGGUGCUGUCGGUCAUGUACCGGCUCCGCACCAAGAACCGGGAGUGGCUGUUGAUCCGCACCAGCAGCUUCACGUUCCAGAACCCCUACUCCGACGAGAUAGAGUACGUCAUCUGCACCAACACCAACGUCAAGCAGCUCCAGCAGCAGCAGGCAGAGUUGGAGGUGCACCAGAGAGAUGGGCUGUCGUCAUACGACCUGUCGCAGGUUCCUGUCCCCAACCUCCCGGCCAGCGUUCACGAGGCGGGGAAGUCCGUGGAGAAGGCCGAUGCCAUCUUCUCCCAGGAGAGAGACCCCCGGUUUGCUGAGAUGUUUGCGGGAAUCAGUGCGUCGGAGAAGAAGAUGAUGACCUCAGCCUCUGCAGCGGGAACCCAGCAGAUCUACUCCCAGGGAAGCCCGUUCCCCCCCGGACACUCGGGGAAGGCCUUCAGCUCUUCCGUGGUCCACGUGCCUGGUGUGAAUGACAUCCAGUCCUCCUCGUCAACGGGCCAGAACAUGUCCCAAAUCUCCCGACAGCUGAACCAGAGUCAGGUGGCGUGGACAGGGAGCCGGCCGCCCUUUCCCGGACAGCAAAUCCCCUCCCAGUCCGGCAAGACUCAGUCGUCCCCCUUUGGGAUUGGAACGAGCCACACGUACCCAGCAGACCCCUCUUCCUACAGCCCUCUCUCCAGCCCAGCUACAUCCUCGCCCAGCGGGAACGCCUACUCCAGUCUCGCCAGCAGGACUCCGGGGUUCGCUGAGAGCGGACAGAGCGGCGGGCAGUUCCAAGGGCGGCCCUCGGAGGUCUGGUCCCAGUGGCAGAGCCAGCACCACGGGCAGCAGAGCGGUGAGCAGCACCCCCACCAGCAGCCCGGUCAGACUGAAGUGUUCCAGGUCUCCAGAGGGGCAGCGUUCUGACCUCCUUCCUCCGUCCUUACGCCGCACAGCAGCCGCGUGGCACAGAACUCCCCCACCCGGCUCUUCAUGGUCACGAGGCUAAAAAGGAUUCUUGGUCAAAUAAGCGCGUGAAACGCUGGUUAAGCAAAGUUGUGCGGUUUCUUGACCGCAGGACUUCUCAGAGGCUUUUAUUAUAUUAAUGAAGACCGAGGCUAUUUUAGGCGGUAGGCAGAGUGCGUAUGCCUUGUUCCCCACAACCACUCGUCCACACAGUCCUUUUCUCCCAGAGUGUCUCACGGGCCGAGAAUUUGAGAGAACACGCCUUGGGAAGUUUUCCACAGGGGAUUGAAAUACUGGCUAUGCCCAUUGUCUGGAUGGGCACUCUGAGGCCGGCCGCACUUGAAGGGCCUGUUACAAGUGAAGCUUCAGGACUCAGGCAUUUGGCCCCGCCCCCGGAACACACACAGCCUUGCUCCGGGCCCUGAUAGGUUCACCCCACCGAUGGGCUCCUGGGCGCCCUCCGUCCUGGCUUUACAUAAACGCGGGUUAUGUCCUGAGGCUCGGUUUACCUGCUGGGAUGACCCCGCCCCCCCAGGGGGGAGCGGCUUCCGGGUGUGGACAUCUGAGGCCCCCCUGAGACCCCUGGGCUGCCCCAAGGAAGGACAUGCUGCCCAUGCCCGGAGACCCGACCCAGGGGACCGGCAACUAUAACAUCGAGGACUUCGCGGACCUGGGCAUGUUCCCGCCCUUCUCCGAGUAGCGGCGGGCAGAGUGCGGCUGGCGCUGGGCGGCGUGGCUCCUGUCGUGACCACGCCACCCACGCGGGCGGGGCCCCCCCGCACCCUGCUUGCCCUGCCCGCCCCGCCACGGUCCCCCCCAGCAGAAAGCGUCUCACCCCCGUGCUCCUCCCCUGCACAGCACCUCUCCGCUCUGGCCCCCAGCCCGGGGCCACCGACCAGGAGCCCCGGUAGCCGUCGGGGGGCCCGUUGUAUUUAUUGUACUUUAUCUGUGUGUGCUUGGGAGGCGAGCCGACUGGGCGUCGGGAGUCUGGUUGUGAAUAAUCUCCUAGUAGACGGUUUUCGCCUAUAAAACGUUCACCUGUAGCCCAGAGUGAGUGUCCGGGGCCUGCCCAGGCCUCAGGAAUUGGGUUUCUUCCCGCCUUUAACCUCCGUGGGUGGGCGGACUCGGGGGCGGGGAGGGGAGGCCAGGAGGACGCCUGGCCUGUGUUCUCCGUGCUGGGGCCGAGCAGGCGGGGACCCAGGGCCGGACGCCAGCUCCCCUGCCCCCAGCUCGGCGGCGCCCCGACUGGAGCGAGCUUGGCCCGGGGUCCCGGUGCCCGGCUGCGGCUCCACAGCCUCGCCAGGAGUCCUGGCCGGGAGCCCACUGGCUUUAAUGAGCCGGGCUUCUGAGAGGAAGCGGCCCCCUCCUCUUCCAGGAGGCCCGAGGACCUGGCUGCCUGGUGAGCGCACGCCCUCGUCCCCCCCUCCAGGCCAGCGCCUCCGGGGCUGCAGAGCCCUGGGCCUUACGUGGAGGAGCGAGCGGGGAGGCGGGACGUCCAGGCCCCCUCGUCCGGUGUCCUGCCGUGCAGGCCUGCUCCCCCAGGACCGGCCCUGGCGGCCACGUUGCAUCAGUGACCUGGAGGGGGCUCAGGUGCGGACCCGCACGGGGGCAGGAACGCGUCCCACCAGGCCCCUGAGCCUUCUCUCCUCGGCCGGCUGGGGGGCCGUGGUGUCUGGGGAGGGACGGGGUGCAGGUCUGUGAGGCAGGAGGCUGGGGCUCCCGCUCCGAUUCUGCCACACUCGCCCCGGGGCCCCGAAUUCCUCAGGUGGUCUCAGGACGCGAAGAAGAGCCCACUUCUGGAAACUUCUGCUGGCUGACUGAGCCGUGGUCCCUGGCUGGCUGCGUUUCCCCGUCUUCGCUGACCUCGCCCCCUCCCACGCCCUGUGCGCACAGAGGCAGGCUCUCUGAGCCUCUCCUGUCCUCUUCGUGACAGCCACGCCCGGCCCCGCCGUCCCAUGGGCCCCCUGACUCCCACCCCCGAGAAAGCCCUGCGUCCCUCCCAGGGUCCCUCAGGCAGCCCUGCUCAGGCACCUGCCUCGGACACAACCCACGUGUCCCUCCCCUGGGAUUCCGGAAGGCCAGGCCGAGUGGAGCAGGGUCUCAGCUGCCUGAGAGCAGAGUGGGCCCAGCGUGCAGGACGGGGCCGGGAGCAGCGUCUGUGCUGACCUCUGCGAGCUGGGCAUUAAACGCCAGCCCCACCCGGUGUCCGUCAGGGAUCCACGUGGCCUGUCUUGCUUGGAGAGCUCCACCUGUAGCAGUCCAAUGUGGGUAGAAUACCUUUGGCGAGCAGCCAGCUCUGGGUGAUCCUGGUUCCUGGACUCUGGGUUCACACUCACUCAGCAGUUUCUAGAGCAGCUUUAACCCCUUUGUGUAUGGCGGUGAUUGAUGAUUGAGUGCCGGGUUUAGGCACACCAGGGUCAUUUUACCCUCCACACACCCUCACCGUGCCAGACUGGAGUGGGGGGCUUCCCAGGGCUCACCCUGCCCGGGGCCACCUCUGCCUCCAAGCCUGAGCCGACCCCGAGCCGUGUGUGUGUAAUGUUUUCUGAGAAAGACACAAAAAGGGCUUUUGGAUCCAAGAGCGGUUGCUCUGUGAAACGAAAACAGACUUUUUUGUGGCCUUUAGCCUGUGAGUUUGGCAGAAUCGGGAAUUUCGUAUUUGUUCCUUCUGUUUUCUGGAGGGAACUAGGGGAUUCUCUGGGCUGCGCACGUCAGGGGGGCACGCCAGCUGUGACCUGGGGCCACGCUGGACGCGGAGGGGACGCGGGAGAGGCAGAGCAGCCUUGCCCCGGCGGCCUUCCGUCCUCUUCUGUCCCCACACCAGGGCCUGGGUUGCAGACUGCUGUGGUCCGGGUCCCGGCAGGCAAGGCCAGAGGGGCCUGAAAGCCAGUGUCAUGCAAAAUGUCAUGACUCAGGAGGCAUGGCCUCCCCCCCCCCCCGGCCCCCCAUCCCGCAUCGUCCCAGGGGCGCCCACAGGGAGCCUGACUGCGGUCCGAUGGGCCGGCCUGAGCUCUGCGUCCUCUCUCCUCCACCUCCCGCUUUCUGGUUGUGAUUCUUGGAAGCCAUCAUGUGGCCAGUGGGAAAACAGGACUGGAAGGAUCUCGUGCCCCAGAGACUCUUCCCCCAAGGAAUCUUGAGGCCGGCCAGGGUAAGAGUUGAAGCCCUACAGGGCCUCACUGUCCCGCUUGGGAACAGGCCCGCCCAGCCAGCAGGGGACCCUGCGAGGCCCCGGCCCAGACGCCUCUCCCGCGGCAAACGCGGCCCAGCCUGGGCUGGGGCUUCGGCCGUGACUCGCUCUGCCGCUCGCACCUCCUCUCCCCUGUGAGACCUUCCCGGGCUCCCCCACGGAGCGGGCCGGGCCGUGGCUGCCUGCGUCUUGCGGGAGGACACGAAGCAGACACGGCAAGGCUCAACCGGGACUUGGCUGGUGACUGUGGCCGUGGCUAGGGAGGUUCUAGAACACUACGGAUGUGUCACUAGGGAGCUGGUUUUGUUUCUAGCUAUGGCGUCAGGGAGUGACAGAGCCGUCACAAACACCACGUUCCUCCUCUGCUUCCCGAUGUAUUCAAUCCAGCCCCUUUGCUGUUUCGUGAAUACCGUGCAGAGAGUUGGCGCAGGCGGGGCGGGAGGUGGUUCUCUUAGUCGGAACUUACAUCAGGGAGCGUGGACUCCAGUAAAGAGACAGUAUGUCCCCCAUUUAGCCACACGUGACACAAGGGAUGGGGCAGGUCCCAGGAAAGUGAGUGCCGGUCCCCGAGCGCAUCAGCACCUGGGGGCAGGGACCGCGACAACCACUCCCCUGGCCCACCUGCUCCCUGAUGGUUGUGACCCGUCUCCGAGCAAGACCGAGCCUGCUGCCUCGCGGACGCUCUAGCGAGUCACGAGUCAGGACAGAAGUGCCAGAAACUACGAGUUUGGUCAGUACUUGCCAAGGGGGCCCAUUGUCUCCUCCCUCUGCCACAUCCCCGCCCCACCUCGUGUACUAGGGGGCCACGAGCCACCUGGCUGUCCACCUGUUAUUGACAGCCGGGGGUCUGGGACAAAGUGGAGAGGCAGCGCACCGCGGGGCAGGCACCUGUCCACUUCUAGAGUGUCUGGGUCUGGUGGCCAAAGCUGCUUCGGCGGUCCGGCCACCGGCCAGAGCCCGCGUGGGCGGCACCGACCGUGAAGACCAGGGCUCACUGGGCCAGGCCUCUUCCUUCAUAGACGAGGGCUUCUCAGAUGGGCGUCCGUGGACAAGUUGAGCACUUAAUCGUUUCUCUUGUAGCCUUUCUUCUUAUGGAUGUGAGCCGUGCUGUGGAUAAAUCAUCGUUUGUAUUUCUUGAAUGUUCUCUAUGACUAACGGUUAUUGAGUUGGUUGUGUAUAUGUAUAACUAAUGUAACUGCCUUUUAAAAUUUCAUCACAAUAAAAAUGACUUUGAACCGUGAACAGCGCAGGCCAACUUUGUGAU